UGUCUAUCUGAUCUCUCUCUCUCUCUCUCUAACCCAUCUACCUGAACUCUUCUCUGCUGAUCACACCUCUCAUCAUGACCGAUCCCUCUUCCAAUUACUUCAACGGAUGGUUCAACCUCAAUUCUCUCCAACACUUCUCAUCCUCCGCAUCUUCCAAUCCAUCUCUUUAUUAUUCAUAUGAUUAUUUCUCAAACAGCAUCAACACGACCUCUUUCACUAACCCUGGAUCCUCUCCUCCUUCCCCUCCUCUCAAAGAAGCUCUUCCCCUCCUCAGUUUAAGCCCCACUAGAUAUGAAGAACAAGAAUCUUCCUGCAGAGCCAUGGAAGUGGACAAGAAUAUCAAGGAGAAAAAAGAAAGCUUGCUCUCUAGUACAUCUGCUCAGGAUCAUGAAGACACUGUCGCAUUGGCUCUUCAUUUAGGGCUUCCAAGUCCUACUUCUGGUGAUUUGAUCACAAGGUUCUCCUCCACAGAGAUCUCUGAUAAAGAUGAAGUCACUCUUGCUUCUGGGUAUCCCUCAAACAGGCUCAACAAGGGACAGUAUUGGAUUCCUACCCCUGCUCACAUUCUGAUCGGUCCAACACAGUUCUCAUGCCCCCUUUGCUUCAAGACGUUUAACAGAUACAACAACAUGCAGAUGCAUAUGUGGGGGCAUGGAUCUCAAUACAGAAAAGGCCCGGAGUCUCUAAGGGGCACACAACCAACAGCUAUGCUUAGGCUUCCUUGCUAUUGCUGUGCACCAGGGUGCAGGAACAACAUUGACCACCCAAGAUCAAAGCCACUAAAAGACUUCAGGACGCUCCAAACCCAUUACAAGAGAAAGCAUGGGAUCAAGCCUUUCAUGUGUAGAAAAUGUGGCAAGGCCUUUGCUGUAAGAGGUGAUUGGAGAACCCAUGAAAAGAAUUGUGGGAAACUUUGGUAUUGCACUUGUGGAUCUGAUUUCAAACACAAAAGAUCUCUCAAAGAUCAUAUCAAGGCAUUUGGACAUGGCCAUGCAGCUUAUGGAAUUGACUGUUUCGAAGAGGAAGAUGAAGCAGCCUCAGAAUUUGAGCUAGAUAAUAAUGAAUCCUCCCAGUGAGACAGAUGGAAUCAAAUUAAUGGAUAUCAAGCUCAAUUGGUUUUUGAUAUUUCUAGGCUCUGAUGCUUAACACCAGAACAUAUUAUAUGUCUGCAUUAUUCCGGGAGCCGUCUUUUUCCUUUAUUCCAUCUCUCAUUAUCACUCAUUUUCUUUUUCAUUAAGUUUACUUAUAUUCCUAGAAUUU